AUGCCGGAAGGGGUGAACGAAGCAGAAUUGCUUCAGGAGCUGCCGCUGGAACAGACCGACUUGCUGCCUCUUGGUGCACUGGUUGAGCGUUUCUCUAAUAAUGCAUACCAGACAUUGCAGAGCCUUGCCGAUACCGAUGCGCGCAAAGAAAAGUUGUUUACUACAGCUAUGGAACUCCGAAAGCAGUUUGUUAAGCUGCUUGUGCUCAUACGCUGGUCGCGGGAUGCCGAGCAACUGAAUAAGGCACGGAAUAUCGUCGCGCUGCUCGCCGACCAGCAAUGGGCGCAUGAAGACGUAUUUUCUGGGCUGACGCAGGUGCGCAAAAUAUUGCCUAAUGCCCGUGUAUGUGAUGCGGACCUUGUCACAGCAAUUGAACUGCUUCGUACUGGGACAUAUGAUCGGCUCCCAGCGUCCAUUAAGGACAGUGCAGUGCUGCCUUCGCGGAUGACGAACCGGGAAGCGCGUUUAGUGCUCGAAGGCCUUGAUCAAGUCCUUGCGGUGCGUUUAGCAUGGACGGAAUCGGUUCCCCGUGGGAUACGACUGGAUAGCAUUGAAGAUGGGAAGGCAUAUCUGUCUGUUCCGGAUUUGUAUUUCAUGUGCAUUACAACGAGUGGCCCGGAAAAGGAAGACCGCUGGUGGCUGCUCGAGUUCGAAUUUGCUGAGAUGGCCACGGAUGGUGACGAAGACUUGUCUGAGUUGCUCACAAAGCCAUAUCUAGAUACUGUCUAUCCGACUGCAGAAACGAUUUUAGCGUCGCAGGAAGAACCGCAGAGCGCCCCGGCGCUUGUGCGCCUGCACGUCUUUUUGGAACAAAAAGCGAUGGAGCGUCGCUUGCAUAUAUUGUAUCAUCAAUUACAGCGCAUGGUCCGAUUCCGCUGGAGCACCAAUGUACGCUUUACGCUACAGCCACAGACAAAUACGCUCGAUAUUCAUUACUGGGUUGCGAAUGCAGCUCCAGCUGGACAAAAGAAGGCGCUGCAUCAGGGUAUGCUGAGCGGGACAUUGCGUCUUCGUCUGCAUACAGAGCCGUGUGCAGGGGCAGAAUUGAUUCUAGCUGAGCUCAUCACUGGCAAUGUGGAAGUGCCGGGCAAAAGUGGAAUUCAAGUGACCUGGGAAGUGGAUAAAGCGUUGCAAGACGUGUUGCACGCCGAACACUCAUCCUCGCAACUCAAGAAGCUUGACAUUGAAAAACUGCUGUUGGAUACGAUUGACCUGCAUUCAUACGCGCUUAUGAAACUGUUUCAAGAGCAAAUCGACCGACACCCAACCCUCGGCGCUAACCAGUCUUUUUUGUGUCUGCUCCGGUCACAUGCCAAGAAUGGAUAUGGGCCGAGACAUUCGAUCGAACUACGUGUAACUGACACUGUGCAUGUGAUGCUGUAUAUUUCAACCAUCACUGGAAGAGUUGGAUUGAAGUCAUUGCACAAUCUCGAAAGCGCUGAAAACGAGGACCUCGCGCUUUCCCUCAGUGAGACCCAAAAUAUUGCGCUGCAGCGUAUGGCCGCUAAAAUCACUGCUAACCCUUCCUCUUUAACGGAAACACUUGUUUCCUUCCGUCUUCAAAGUUUGACGAAGGAUGUUUCAUUACAGGCUUCCUGGCUUGGACUUGCUUACAUGACUUCGGUCUCUUUGCGUCCCGGCGAAUUCCAAAAGAUUGGGUUGGACCAUGGACACCCACUUCUAUACCUUCCUUUGACCAUGUUCCCUGGAUACUAUGCCUUAAUCUACUUUGUAUCGGGACAGGCUAUGACGAUGGCACUUAUCUCGAUCAUGACUAUGACCGAGGCCGGAAAAUCGGUGCAGGUCAUUAGCUCUGUGAAGUGGCUGGAUCGUGCACGAAUGAAAAGCUACUCUAUCAGUGGUGCAUCGUUGCAAGUGGUAGUGGCCUAUGGAUUUGACGGCGAGAAGCAGUUACCAUAUCUUGUCACGGUCGAUUUCGAUGUUUCGGGCAAUGGUCAAACGUAUGGCCUUGAAUUCGAAGUACAACAUGGUAAAGAUACCCCAAAUCCCCACAAGUGUAUCGGCGCGAAUUUGGAACGCAAAUUAUGUUCUAUGGCAGAUACACGCAUUAACCUAUGGAGUGGCUUUUUGCACUUGCUGGAAUACACACUUCCAAUGCUUCUAAUACUGGUGCCGUUUUUCCAAGAGGCAGAGACGAAUGCGGAUAGCCCCCAAGUUGAAGUACUGGACAUCAACUGGUACAGAUUUUGCUUCCUCAACACAUAUGCUCUUGACGUGCGGUUGCUGACGGGAAACCGUGUAAUGCUCACUGAUGCUGCUUACUCCGCUGGUGCUACCUCGGAAGAAUCGAAUGCUGAAAAUCAAAGCGAAAACAUACCUUUUGGUCUUGCAUCGCCGUAUGCACGAAUUCCCUUGCUAGCGCAAAUUUGGCAGCAGAGUUUCAAAACAGCUGACUGCCUAAAAGACUCCACCAACCAAGCCGUCUUUCAUGUGACACUCUCUGAUGUUGAAAAAAACUUACCCUUAUUUUUAAACAAAAUUAAUCAAUCGCUGUAA